GUGCUUUUAAUGUUCUUAGAAACUGGUGAAACAAACAAACACACACACACACGCACGCACGCAUGCUCUAAAUGAACCAUUCAGCAUAAUUCUGUUUAGCUCUCCCUCUCUCCAGUCCGGGUCACAUAUUAUAUUAUGUCUUGUGCUUAACAUGCACAAUGGAACCCAUGCCAUUCAUCAGUGUUAAUGUACUGCAGUGUAACCAUUACACAGUGUCCCCUCCCUCUGACUGCCACCCUACAUCUCUUCUACCUCCCUCCCUCCCUCCUUUAUAACCCAUCACUCCCAUCUCACCAUUCUCACUUUCUUUCUGUCUUUUACGGGACUGGACACACAUUCGUUUUCUUAACGAGGGGAAGCAACCAAGGGACAAACAGCAGAGAGGAAAAAUGCUUUUUUACAUAUUUACCUAUCGAAAUAUUAGGGGCUUUUUUGGAUGUUGACUUUCCCUCACUUUUGUUCUUUGUGUUAUAAUAUUAGUCUCUUUCUCUCUCUCAAACAUUUUCUAGAGAGAGAGAGAGAGAGAGAGAGAUAGAGGGGAAUCAGACAAACAAAAAGUGUCCAUUUUGAUCACUGUCUGCCAAAUCAUUGUAAAAAGUAAUUUUAUUUGGUCAAGAACCAUACUAUUUGGAUUUGACCUUUUUAUUUUCUAAUUGACUUGUUUUUAGACGUGUACCUGGAUAACUUUACAUGACAAUACCUUCCUAUAGGCAUGUUUCUGCUAUCACAGAGGUGGAAAUUGUUCAUCUAUAACAUUGAUACCGUUCACUGAGAAAUUUGAUUUGAUUUUCAAUCUGGUCAGACACAUUUCCAAAGAGAAAAACUACUGGACAGUGCUGGACAUGAACUGAUAUGAGGGGAUCAUCCCCAAGCUCGGAACCAGAAACAUAGAACUAACUGACACACUGACAGACAACGAGGCUUAGCCGUGGAAACGGGCAGACUGCCGCCCAAGGACACUCACUGACCCCCGGAGACGGACAGACAGACAGUCUGAUGCCAACUGUCUCCGCUGUCAAUCUCACGGCACAACUCCUCCUGCUGUUGCUAUGGGCAACCCACCCGACCAUGGCAACCAACUGGCUCUCCCUGGCGAGGAUGCCGCGCUCGCGGCCCGUGUCGGGUGCUGCCCCCUGUGGGCAGCUGAGGGGACUGUCCGUGGGGCAGGUGGGGGUGUGCAGGGCGCGGGGAGAGGUCAUGGAGUCUGUGCGCAAGGCAGCCGAGAUGGUCAUAGAGGAGUGCCAGCACCAGUUUCGUAAUCGCCGUUGGAACUGCUCCACCACCCCACGUGGAGUCAACGUGUUCGGUAGAGUCAUGAGCCAAGGCACCCGUGAGGCAGCCUUUGUGCACGCCCUGUCCUCGGCGGCGGUAGCGGUUGCAGUGACGCGAGGCUGCAGCCGGGGGGAGCUAGAGCGGUGUGGCUGCGACAGGAAGGUCAGAGGGGUCAGUCCCGAGGGUUUCCAGUGGUCUGGGUGCAGUGAUAACCUGUCAUAUGGUGUGGCCUUCUCCCAGACCUUCGUGGAUGAGACGGAGCGUGCCAAGGGGAUGUCCACAGGGCGACCCCUCAUGAAUGUCCAUAACAACGAGGCUGGACGGAAGGCUAUCCUCCAUAACAUGCAGGUGGAGUGUAAGUGUCAUGGUGUCUCGGGAUCAUGUGAGCUGAGGACCUGCUGGAAAGUCAUGCCCCCAUUUCGGCGCGUCGGCGCCGUGCUGAAGGAACGCUUUGAUGGAGCCACAGAGGUGCGUCUGUCCCGUAUCGGCUCCAGGACAGCCCUGCUGCCCCGGGACCCCCAGGUCAAACCUCCCGCCGCCAGGGACCUGGUGUACCUCGCUGUCUCGCCAGACUUCUGCCGUCUCGACCCCGACAAUGGGAUCCCCGGGACAGCCGGCCGACGCUGUAACGGCACCUCCCGGCUGGCCCCAGAUGGCUGUGAGCUGGUGUGUUGUGGGCCAGGGUACCGGGCAGGCCGGGCCGAGGUGGUGCAGCGCUGCUCCUGUAAGUUCUCCUGGUGCUGCUCGGUCCGCUGCCAGCAGUGCAAGAACACAGUGAUGAUCCACACCUGCCGAGAGUGAACCCAGUCUAUGCAGAACCCAGAGCACUGAGCAGACACGCAAGAACCUUACACCUGUGCACACACUCUAGAACACAGCCCAGACACUCCAGAACACUACACAGACACAACACUGUCCAGACAUUCUGGAACACUACUACAACGGCCAGACAAGUGGAGGCUGCUGAGGGGAGGACGGCUCAUAAUAACGGCUGGAACAAAGUAAAUGGAAUGGCUUGUGUUUGAUACUAUACCACUAAUUCCGCUCCUGCCAUUACCACGAGCCCGUCUUCCCCAGUUAAGGUGCCACCAACCUCCUGUGGACCAGACACUCUAGAACCAGGGUUCCCAACCUAGGAUGCGCCAAUGUUUCUUUGGGGGAGGGGGGGGGAGCAGGACCUUCCUUGACUAGGUUAUAUAUUUAAUUGUUUAUACCUAUCUGAAACAACGCAUCCAUCUGUGAAGCUUUAGGCUAGAAAUAAAUGGUAAAAUGCCCGAGGGAGAUGCGAAUAUAGGAAUAUCUUUGGUUUGUCUCCAUGACAUUCAGAAUCUGAGCUAAGACCUAAAGUCAAGGAGUCAAAGAAAUUGGACUUUGCUUGGGAAGUAAUCAUAUACAAUGUGUGACUCUGUCGCUAUCAAUUGAUCUAUUCACAUUCUGUAAAAUAUAAUAUGUAUAAUUAAAUUGAGAUUGAUAUACAUUUUAAUAUAACAUAUUUGGUAGUGGAAUAACAUUGUGGGAAAUCGGGUGAAGACUUUAUUUUCCUUUAUUAUUAUAAUCAUUAAAUAGCCUACCUAAAAUCCUAGGUCCCUGAAAUUAAACAAAGUUACAUUUUUCAAAUGUGAAAAGUGGGGCCCUGGGGGAAAAGGUUGGGAACCGCUGCUGUAGAACAUUGUCCAGACGUGGUAGAACAACACUUUGAUGACAUGUUCUACAAAACUGACCUGACAUACACUUUAAGACUCUGACAAGAACCGUGUGGAUAGUAUAAGCCAGUGCAUUAUGACAGAAACCUCUGCAAGGGAAGGCAGAAAGGGUGGAAUGACCUCGCCUAUUACCUCUAACGCCAGAAAGUAGAGAUACUAACAAGCAUGGAGAAAGGAAACUCCCUGCAUAGAGCAAUAUUCACACUCCCAUUGAACAUAUAACACUCAUGAUGUACUCUUUCAACCUAAACGGAACUAUAAUGCAACAUUGCAAGUCAGUGUCCUACACUGUGUAGGUGAUUGUCUAGAUCAUAAUGGCACACAGCCAGCGAGCACACACACAAUUAAACUGACAAAGCGUUUAAAGCCGAAAUUAACCUCAAUUAACAGGGAAAUUAUUACAGCCCUUUCCUUAAAUGCAUUUGAUUUCAGUAUAGUAGGUAGUUGCAAACGUUAUACA